AUUCCCCACACUCAUGACCUGCUUUAUGUUUCCUCAGGACUGUACUACGUGGACUCUGAGGGGAACAGAGUGUGUGGUGACCUGUUUGCAGUGGGUUCGGGCUCUAUGUACGCCUAUGGUGUGAUGGACAGUGGCCUGCGGCACGAUCUGACCGUGGAGGAGGCCUGUGAUCUGGGGCGCCGUGCCAUCUACCAAGCAACAUACCGCGAUGCCUACAGCGGCGGGCAGGUCAACCUCUACCACGUCCACAGUGAGGGCUGGACCAGGGUCUCCCAGGAUGAUGUCCUGAAGCUGCACCAGCAGUAUAAGGAGCAGGCUUAGUCAAGAGGGCAAAGGGGCAGAUUUGUUUUUUUAGGGAUUUGUUUAAAUGUUUAAGAUGUUCUGUAAUGUCAAAACAUAAAUAAAAAAAUCUAAACAAUUAAA